AUGGCUGGAUACUCGGAAGAUCAGUUGGCAGAGUUUCAAGAGGCAUUCCAGCUGUUUGAUUCUCGUGGUGAUGGCAAGAUACAUGUGGCGCAGAUUGGGGAUGCUCUAAGGGCCCUCGGACAGAAUCCUACCGAGUCAGAUGUUAAGAAGUGCACUUUACACUUAAAGCCUGAUGAAAGGAUAUCAUUUGAAGUUUUUCUUCCAAUAUAUCAGGCUAUUUCUAAAGCCCGCAGUGGUGAUACUGCCAAUGAUUUCAUUGAGGGUCUAAGACACUUCGACAAAGACGGCAAUGGGUUUAUCUCAUCAGCAGAGCUGAGGCACCUGCUGUCUACUCUUGGAGAGAAGCUUGGUGACGAUGAAGUUGAACAGCUGUUGCAGGGACAGGAAGACUCGCAAGGAAAUAUAAACUACGAGAACUUUGUGCAUCUCAUAAUGCAGGGCUGA